AUGCUCUCCCUCUUGGCGCUUGUUAGCACUGCGUGCGCGGUCUUCGUCCUCAGCCUAACAGCCGCCUCCAAUGCUGUCGACGUCCAACGACCGACCUACGCUACCGCACACCGAGUUCUCCGACCCGAAGCAGUCACCGCUGCUAUUCCUCACGGCGCGAAUGCACUGGAAAUUGAUCUCACUGCCUGGUACUUCGGUUGCGCCGGCGCCACCGCACGGGACAUUUUUGAAUUUAUUGCCCAGAACGGUUAUAGUAUCUCCUUUGUGUGGCUCGAUAUCAAGAAUCCCGAUUAUUGCAGAAAGGAUCGGCCGCGCUCUAUCGAGGCCUUGCGGGACUUAGCCCGACAGAUUCUGGAGCCAGUGGGUAUACAAGUGCUGUAUGGAUUCUCUGGAGCAGCAAGUAGUCGCAGCUAUAAGGUGGGGGCUGAGGAUACGCGCAGUGUUUUGGGUUGGUAUGAUACUACAAAUGCAGCUAUUGCAGCGAAGCAGAGAAUCAUGGAUUUUGGAAACUUGCGGCUGAACCAGAGGGUUGAUCUUUACCCAGAGCUUCGGUGUGGAAGCUGGGAACGCGACCGGGGCAAACUCGGGACGGUCUUGAGCUGGACCAGUGGAGAAGGGGAUACUGAGAUAUUAAGGUAUCUACUAGGGGCGGCUGCUAUUGAUGGACUCGUCUAUGGCUACUCGGAUUCCGAGUAUAAUGAUGAGAGCGGUGCGAAAUCUGCCCUUCAGGAUAUUAUUGAUUUCGUUGCGUGUGAUCCAGACACUCAUCGAAUGGCUACAAGGUAUGAUCUGCCUUGGUAG